AUGUCGCUUAAGAUCGAGAAAGAAACGAUCCGCCAUGCGACCGAGACCGUGCCCGGCGCUCUCGCGCACAUUCCUCGUGACGGUCCUCUCCCAGGUACGACCGGCAAGCAUCCCAUCGCAGAGGCGAUCGGUACCGCGAUCACUGGAGGUAAACGAAACGCCGGCACGAGGGGCUACUUAAUGGCCUACAUCAAUCAGCUGGAGAAAAAUCCGAUGCGGACUAAGAUGCUCACGGCUGGAACCCUCGCUGGUCUACAAGAGCUUCUCGCGUCAUGGCUAGCUAGAGACCGCAACAAGCAUGGAAACUAUUUCACGGCCCGUGUCCCAAAGAUGGCGGCAUACGGCGCCCUGGUCAGCGCGCCCUUAGGCCACUUCCUGAUCUGGUGUCUUCAAAAGGCCUUCAAGGGUCGCACGAGUCUCCGUGCCAAGAUUCUCCAGAUUCUUAUCAGCAACCUUAUAGUUGCUCCAAUCCAAAACACUGUCUACCUCGUCGCUAUGGCUCUCAUCGCCGGUGCCCGAACCUAUCACCAGGUCCGAGCAACGGUACGCGUCAGUUUUAUGAAGGUCAUGAAGGUAUCUUGGAUUAGCUCGCCGCUGUGCCUUGCUUUUGCACAGGCCUUCCUACCUGAAGCCGCUUGGGUUCCCUUCUUUAACGUCGUCGCCUUCACCAUCGGCACGUAUAUUAACACCAUGACUAAGAAGAAGCGUCUUGCUGCCCUGCGCAAGAAGCACUUCGGUGAUGGACGAUCGGGCUCCGUGGCGGGUGGACGACCCGAGUCGGAAUAUCCUCCUCCUUCCUCAAUCGGUGGACCUAACCCACCAUACUAA